AUGGGUAUUGUUGAAAAGAUCCAAGAAAUUGAACAUGAAAUCAGUAGGACGCAAAAGAAUAAGGCUACUGAGUAUCAUUUGGGUCUUCUGAAAGCAAAACUUGCGAAGUAUAGACAGCAAUUAUUAGAACCAACUACAAAGGGUGGUACCAGUAAGGGUGAUGGCUUCGAUGUGAUGAAGAGUGGCGAUGCUCGAGUAGCUAUGGUCGGCUUUCCUUCAGUCGGCAAAUCGACAUUGUUAUCAUCACUUACUUUAACCGAAAGUGUUGCAGCUUCAUAUGAGUUUACCACACUUACAUGUAUACCUGGUGUUAUCAAGUAUGAAGGAGCUAAUAUACAGCUGCUUGAUUUACCCGGUAUUAUUGAAGGAGCUGCUCAGGGUAAAGGUCGAGGAAGACAAGUUAUAGCUGUGGCAAGAACAGCUGAUAUUAUUCUGAUGAUGCUGGAUGCUGCGAAAGGUGAAAUGCAGAAAACUCUUCUUUCAAGAGAAUUGGAAUCAGUAGGUAUUCGCUUGAAUAAGAAGCCACCAUUAAUCUAUCUCAAGCAGAAGAAAAUUGGAGGAGUGAAUUUUACGCAUACGGUUCCUUUAACACAUUGCAAUGAAAAAUUGGUAAUGACUGUAUUGCACGAGUACAAAAUUUUCAAUGCUGACAUCGUUUUCAGGGCUGACUGCACAGUAGAUGAAUUGAUUGAUGUUAUACAAGGAAACCGUGUGUAUAUGCCAUGUCUUUAUGUAUACAACAAAAUCGACCAAAUAAGCAUGGAAGAAGUUGACAGGUUAGCUCGUCUCAAAGAUUCAAUUGUGAUUAGUUGCGAAAUGAAGCUAAAUAUGGAUUACAUGGUGGAAAAAAUUUGGGAAUAUUUGGCACUCAUCAGGGUAUACACCAAAAAGCCGGGGAAUGCACCUGACUUAGGACCAGACGAUGGCUUAAUACUACGACGUGGUGCAACAAUUGAACAUGCUUGUCACGCCUUACAUCGCAGUCUUUCUUCUACAUUUCGCUAUGCAAUUGUUUGGGGUACUAGCGCAAAGUUUUCACCGCAGCGGGUGGGUAUACACCAUAAGCUCCACCACGAAGAUGUAGUACAAAUUGUCAAAAAGUGA